CGGGGCAGCUAAAGAAGCCAAGCCGGGGUUUUAAUCAACGGAAAAGCCGCUGGUGUUAGCCUUUUUAGCGUUCCCGCUGCUAGCGCUCAUGGGCUGGUUAUCUGCCUGCACUGCCUGCCUAUCCUGCUGCCCGGCUUGUGUUUAGCCGAUUAUCAGAAGGUCCUUGUGUCCUAAUCACCCUCUGGCUGAGGUCGCAGCUUGGUGAUGUGCUUUAGCUUAGGGUGCACGGCUAACAACACGCUAGAGCUUUUUUUGUUGCUUGGUGUUAGCAGAGGACAACGUAGCCCUGGAGCUAACGGUAACAGCCAUCCAUGCAGCGCAUCCCUCAGCAAGCAGACAGAAACGGAGCUGAAAAACACACUCACACUGAAGCGCCUACGGUAGCAGCUAACUGGACGGACUCUCUGGCAUUUGACCUUUUGCAGUGGAAUAGCGGAAUAAGUCUUGAACCAUGAGCUCUGUGGCAGUGUUGACCCCGGAGAGCUUUGCCGAGCAUCGUAGUGGCCUGAAAGACCAGGAGAUCGCAGGCUGCGUCCCAGAGGACGAGGCCUACAUCCCUACCUACCUGGAGGCCUUCCCACCUCUGCCAGAGAAGGGAGCACCAGGAGAGAAGGCUGGGGAGCCGGUGUCAGCAUGGGGCAGCAAGAUCAGGCCCAUCAAAGCCUCUGUCAUCACCCAGGUUUUCCAUGUGCCCCUGGAGGAACGUCGCUACAAGGACAACAGUCAGUUUGGAGAGGGCGAGGAAGCCAAGGUUUGCCUAGAAAUCAUGCAGCGGACGGGGGCCCACAUCGAGCUGUCUCUGGCUAAAGACCAGGGCCUGUCUAUCAUGGUCACAGGAAAACUGGAGUCAGUCAUGAAGGCUCGCAAGGAAAUUGUGGCUCGUCUGCAGACACAGGCUUCAGCUACAGUUGCUAUCCCUAAGGAACACCAUCGCUUUGUCAUUGGUAAAAACGGAGACAAGCUGCAGGAGCUGGAGCUGAAGACGGCAACAAAGAUCGCUAUUCCACGCCCUGACGACCCGAGCGCCAACAUCCGCAUCACCGGCACCAAAGAGGGCAUUGAGAAAGCUCGUCACGAGAUCCUUCUCAUCUCUGCAGAACAGGACAAACGUGCAGUGGAGCGUCUGUCCCUGGAGAAGGCCUUUCACCCCUUCAUCGCUGGCGCCCACAACCGCUUGGUGCAGGAACUGAGUCAGGAGACGGGAGCACGCAUCAGCAUCCCUCCACCCAGUCUGCCCAAGGAUGAGAUCGUCAUCACUGGUGAGAAGGAUGCUGUGGCUCUGGCUGUCAACCGUAUCCGAGCCAUAUAUGACGAUAAGAAGAGGAAAACCACCACCAUCUCUGUGGAGGUGAAGAAGUCCCAGCAUAAAUACAUCAUUGGGCCAAAGGGAAACACCUUGCAGGAGAUCCUGGAGGCAACAGGAGUAUCUGUGGAGAUGCCUCCUCUGGACUCAGGAUCAGAGACCAUCAUCCUCAGAGGGGAGCCUGACAAACUAGGACCAGCACUCACACAGGUCUACGCCAAGGCGAAGAGUGUGAUGGUGGUGGAAGUUACUGCUCCUGCCUGGUUGCAUCGUUUCAUCAUCGGCAAGAAAGGACAGAACAUCGGACGGAUCACACAGCAGCUUCCACGGGUUCAUAUUGAGUUCACAGACGGUGAAGAGCGCAUCAGUCUGGAGGGGCCGACGGAGGAGGUGGAACAAGCUCAGGCUCAGAUACAGGAGAUCAUUAAGGACCUGUUGGUGAGGAUGGACUACACUGAAGUGAUCAUAGACCAGCGUUUCCACAGACACCUGAUUGGAAAAAAUGGAGCAAACAUCAAUCGGAUCAAGGAGCAGUACAAAGUUUUAGUACGGAUCCCACAGGACUCAGAGAGGAGUAGUUUAGUCCGGAUCGAAGGAGACCCUAAAGGAGUGCAGCUGGCACGCAGAGAACUCAUUGAGAUGGUCCAGAGAAUGGAGAAUGAACGCACCAAAGACCUGAUAGUGGAGCAGAGGUUUCAUCGGACAAUCAUUGGCCAGAAGGGGGAGAAGAUCAAAGAAGUUCGAGAUAAGUUCCCUGAGGUCAUUAUUAAUUUUCCCGACCCGUCGCAAAAAAGUGACAUUGUCCAGCUAAGAGGGCCGAAGAAUGAGGUGGAGAAAUGUGCCAAGUUUCUCCAGAAAAUCAUUGCCGAACUGAUUGAGAACAGCUUCUCGCUCUCUGUUCCCAUCUUUAAACAAUUCCACAAAAACAUCAUAGGAAAAGGAGGAGCCAACAUCAAAAAGAUCCGUGAAGAGACCAACACUAAGAUCGACCUACCGACUGAGAACAGUAACUCAGAGAUGAUCGUCAUCACAGGAAAGAAGAACAACUGUGACGCAGCCAGAGACAGAAUUCUGGCCAUUCAAAGAGAACUGGCAAACAUUAAAGAGACUGAGGUUACCAUCCCAGCCAAACUACACAACUCUCUGAUUGGCUCUAAGGGCUGCCUCGUGCGCUCCAUUAUGGAGGACUGUGGCGGCGUCCACAUCCAUUUCCCCUCUGAGGGCUCAGGUUCAGACAAGGUCACCAUCAGAGGCCCCGUUGGAGAAGUGGAGAAGGCCAAGAAACAACUGCUGCAGCUGGCAGAAGAAAAGCAAGUCAACAACUUUACAGCUGAGCUGCAGGCCAAACCAGAGUACCACAAAUUCUUGAUUGGUCGUGGAGGAGUAAACAUCCGCCGUGUGCGUGACAAGACAGGAGCCAGAAUCAUCUUCCCGUCUCCGGACGACACGGAGCAGGAGUUGAUCACCAUCGUAGGGAGAGAGGAAGCUGUCCGUCAGGCUCAGAAGGAGCUGGAGAACCUGGUAAAAAACCUGGAUGAUGUUGUAGAGGACAGCAUGGUUGUGGAUGUUCGCCACCACCGCCACUUUGUGUGUCGGAGGGGCCAGGUGCUGCGGGAGCUGGCGGAGGAGUACGGCGGUGUUGCAGUGAGUUUCCCUCGAACCGGAGUCAACAGUCAGCGGGUCACACUGAAGGGAGCCAAAGACUGCGUGGAGGCCGCAAAGAAACGCAUCCAGGAGAUCAUUGAGGACCUGGAGUCCCAGGUGUGUGUGGAGGUUGCCAUCCCUCAGCGCUACCACCGUGCCGUGAUGGGGCCCAAAGGCUGCCGCAUUCAGCACAUCACCAGGGAGCACGAGGUUCAGAUCAAGUUUCCCGAGAGAGAUGAAAAUGCUGCAGGUCAGGAGGCUUCACCACAAGAAAACGGUGAUGCCAGUCCAGAGGCGGAGUUUGUUUCUCGCAAGUGUGACGUCAUCACCAUCUCUGGACGAGCAGAAAAGUGUGAACAGGCCAGAGCUGCCCUGCUGGCACUGGUUCCCAUCACAGAGGACUUGGAGGUGUCCUACGAGCUCCAUCGUUACAUCAUUGGUCAGAAGGGCAGUGGAAUCAGGAAGAUGAUGGAGGAGUAUGAGGUGAACAUCUGGGUUCCACAGCCUGAGAAGCAGCUGGAUGUGAUCAAAGUGACAGGUCUGGCAGCCAACGUGGAGCGAGCUAAGCAGGGUCUGCUCGAGCGGGUCAAAGAGCUACAGGCUGAGCAGGAGGACAGAGCUCUGCGAAGCUACAAAUUGACCAUGUCAGUUGAUCCCAAGUUCCAUCCCAAAAUCAUUGGCCGUAAAGGAGCGGUGAUCUCCCAAAUCAGGAAGGAUCAUGACGUCAGCAUCCAGUUCCCUGACAAAGGAGACGAGCAGCAGGAUCUAAUCGUUAUCUCCGGGUAUGAGCGAAAUGUGGAGGAGGCGCGUCAGUCCAUCCAGCAGCUGGUGAAUGAGCUUCAGGAGAUGGUCAGUCAAGACAUUCACCUGGACCCCAGGACCCACGCUCGCAUCAUCGGUGCCCGAGGCAAAGCCAUCCGGAGGCUGAUGGAGGAGUUCAAGGUGGAUAUCCGGUUUCCUCAACCUGGCUCGGAUGAACCGGAUAAAGUGACUGUGAUGGGUCUUCCAGAGACUGUGGACAACGCCAUCGACCACCUGCUCAACUUAGAGGAGGAAUAUAUGCUCAGUGUGACGGAGACGGAAACACUGGCAGCAUACAUGAAGCCUCCAUCUCGCUAUGGAGGAGGAGGAGCAGGUGGAGUGGACGACAGCAGUGGAGGUCCUGCUAAGGGCUUUGUGGUGCGGGACGCCCCGUGGAACGCAGCGGGCAAUAAGGUCAGUCUAAUCUUGGCUCCUGACAUGAGCAGUGCAGAGGAUUUCCCUAUGUUUGGAACAGGGGUGACCCCAAAACAAGCAUCGGCCUGGGGCCCUAAAAAGUUCUGAACCUCCUUAUUAUUCGGGCUGGAACCAAGGAAACUGUUGUAAAGUAGAUGAUGAGAGACAAAAAAAAUUAAUGAAAUUGCUGCUGGCCUUUCUUUCUUACUCACCUCAUUCCUCCUCAGUGACUUCCUGUUGUCUCUCUUUCUCCAUCAUCUCCCUUGAACUGUCCUCCCACAGCCAGCCACAAUUAAUUCUGGGAGAGCAGUCCCUUUUGUCCAGAUGUCUCUCUGUCUUCUCCUUCCCUUACUCCUGUGUCCUUCCUAUUGUGAGACGUUAAAAGCUCCUGACAUACCUUUGCUGCCUCUUGGAUUUCACCACUUCUGCCCAUCUCACGGACACAUCCCAUUUUUAACUCUUUUAACUGUCAAACUGUCCUCUGAAAAAAAAAUGACCUAAAUAUUUACACCUGGGAGUCCGUGCAGCUGAAGGCUGAUGGUGUUGUGAUAGUGCAGCCGGUUGUUUUGGGGUUUUAAGUUACAAAAACAAAAAAUGUUUAUUAUUUUGGGGGAGCAGAUGAGGAAAUAACUUUUCUGGGUUUAUGUGUGUGUUGGUGAGUUCAUGUUUAUUCAACAACAUGUUUGUUUGUUUUAUUUUAUUGUCAAGUCAUGACACAUCUUGAAGACGUGGAAUUCAGUGAAGCAGCUUAUUGUUUAUAAUGAAGGUCAUUUUGUCCCUACUGUUUAUUUAUUCCAAGAAAAAAAGAGCCAUUUUAUUUGAACUACUGUGAUCCUACAUUUUUAUAAAAAGCACUCUCUGUAGCUUCAAUGCUGAUGACCUUGUGUUGGGAGUGAAUGUGUUACAUGCCAGGUUUUUGGGAUCAUGUUAACAGUUGAUGUGUGUGCAGGUGUACAAAGAACUUAUUGCUAUUUUUUUAAACUGUGCGAUUUUUGUUGUUAGUUUCUGGCACAUUUGGGAUCCUGUACGUGUGCGUGUGUGAGUGCGGAAUUUAAGAUGUAAAUUUGAAUGAAGCUGAAACAAACUUUUACAUUGUCUGUCUGGGUUUUUUUUCUUUGUUUGCUUUUUUCCUUCGAGCUCAAACAUAGAGCAAGAAAAAAGGUGGUUUUAUAUGGAAUAAAAAAACUACAACUGGUGAAAUUUGUCCAUAAAA